AUGGACAGCCCACGCCUCGAGAGGAAAAGCCUCAUCCUCGGCUCGGCCACCGACGUCCCAAGCCAGGCCGUGAACAUGGUCAUUCGACAGGAUCCCUUCUCGAUGACAUUGGACGCCAAUGCCCUCCUCGCCGGCUCGGUCUUCCUCAUAAUGGGCAUGCACUUUGUCCCCCAUUAUCUCCUGGAGUCUUUCAUCCUCGCCGUCCCGAUCCUCCUGCUCGUCUGGAACGACUACCAGAAUUUCCUCCGCCUGGGCCCCGGAGGGACGCCACCCACCCUAUCGGGCUACGCACGGCUGGCCUGGUUCCGCCUCUUCGUGCUCCGGGACCCCUUCAGCGCCCCCUCGGCUGGCGCCGCCUCCCGCCCGGCAUCAGGCAUCCUCGCCCCUCAGAACCUCCCCUACCGCCCCGGGCCCCGCCCAACGGUCGCGGGGCUCGCGCCCCAGCGCCAGCUCGACCAGCACGGGUCCACGGCGGCCUUCGCCGCGCUCAAGGGCGUCAUGAGCAGGCUGUCGGCCGCGCAGGCCGCGCGGUUCGGCAUCGCGACCUCGUGCAUCGAGAAGCAUGGCUUCGCCCUCUUCGCGCGCCACCCCGUCAACGUCUGCGGCAACGGUGAGGUCUGCCACCUCCACAACUCGGAUCGGAGCAUGCACAUGAACCUGCACCCGGACGACAUCGCCGAGGUCCUCGCCAAGGGCUGGGGUCAGCGCCACCCCAUGGCCUGGGGGAAGGGCAACAGGGAGGCCGCGGGCGCCGCCAGGGCCUGGAUGAUGCCGAGGAGCCCCCUUCCUGAGACGUUCGUCCUGGUCUAUGCACCGCGAGACGAUACCGAUCUGCGCGUGGUGUUGAAGAUCAUCGAGUCGGCCAUCUGGUACACGGUCGAGGAACGUGUCGACCUCGAGUCCCUGCUGGAGUAA